CAGUGAGCUGAGCGCUGCGAUCAUUCACACAAGUCGAGUCAGUGUCCUCCUUUUCUUUUUUCUCUUCUCCGUUCUUUUAGUAACUCUCGAAUUUAUUUCGCAACGUCGUCAGUGUCUUUCGGAUUUAUUCUUAGAUAUCGAUCGCUAUUGGGAAUCAAUUUGCCAUCCUUGUUAAAGAUUACAGACGAUUAUUUCUCGAUUCGUUUGUUGUUUGAAAAACAGAUUGGCCGAAAAUAAAAACAAUUUGAAGAACAAAUCAAACGGACGCCGACAUGUCAGGACGACCCUCAUCAAACUGGUUCCUCCUGCCCGUGACGACGGUGGUCUUGGUCGGCCUCUUUUGUCUCUCAACCCUUCAUACAGUGGAGGGCGUUCAAUGUUACGUCUGCAGCUGGUCACCAGCCGAUUCAAAUCGUGUUGAUGUCUGCACUCGAAAGAAUUUCAGCGAGUCGGUUCGAACGCAUAGCUGCGAGACGGGCUGUGAAACCGUGACCGUCUUUGAUAAAAAUGGUCGGUUGGAUUUCUUCUACCGCAAUUGCGCUGCCAACACGUCCAGCAUAACGGGCACUUGCUUCAACGAAACCUCAAAAGCCAUCACAAAGGAAAUUUGCAAUUGCGAUUCAAAUUAUUGCAACCAGGGCUCGGGACUGGAACAACAGCUGGGCAUCGUCCUAUCCGGCGUAUUGGCUUUACUCGUGAUGCAUUUUUAAAAAUACGAAGGAAAAGGCCUUUUCUUGAUGCCUCCACGCCUUGUUAUUGUUUGCUUUUUUUCUUCACGUAACCGGUUGACUCGUUUGCCAUUUGGACAAAAAGCGCAACUAGAUUUUCAAUUUGUACAUCUUUAACGCAGAUUAUCCCCUGUUGUUGUGUUUCCUGGUUCACAGCUCCGAGUGAGAAUUUACAAGAAACGCCUUUGGCAGUAUAUUAAAGACGAAAACAGAGACACAUCCUCUUCUCUUUUGAUUGUUUGACUCUCUUCUUGGGAAAGAAGGGCGUUCGGUUUUCACGUAGUUUCGGGGUUAUUACCUCGCUGUUGUAAUUAUUUUAUUACAAGCCCAGCCGUAUACUAGAUUAUCACAUUUUACUCACUCUCUUGUUCGUUUUCAUUUCUCUCCUAUAUCCAAUGAGCCUGUACGUGGUAACAAAAGCUAGCACAACCAAAGGGUCACGUGGUGAAGGCGAGCGCACCUUUCGCAGUUGUACCAAAACCAUGUCGUCUGACAUUUCUCUGGCUGACAGGACAUUUUUUUUAAUUAAGCCAUCUUCAAGUAAAUUAACAGAGGCAGUACAAUUGCAAUAGGUGCGUUUCGACUAUUUAUCCUUGCUGGCUAUAUAGACCAUGUGUUUUUUUGUUUUUUUCAAAUUAAACAAAAAUUAAUAAUUUGUUUGUUUUCAUAAUUGGACGAACGUCUUUCUGCAUAUUACAAUUAACGGUUUAGUUUUCUAGUGUU